CACGUUUACGCUCGCUGCUGUCGCGCCCCGGCCCCUUGCGAUUCUCGAGCCCGGGAAACCGAGGUCGAGGUGUGGCAGCAGCGCUGGGGCAUCCUUCGCCUCUCACUUCUUUUUUCUGCUUUCUAUCUUUUCUCCCCGGAUUUGGGCGUCCGCCGACUACCACCCACCGCGCUGGAAACGAGCGACGCACGAUCUGAAGACACAGGAGGCCCUAGCAUCGAGUCCAGUUGCCUGCGACCCCGACUUUGACGUCCGACAUCGCUUUCGACCGCCGACUUUCGAGCGCGCCGAAGACUCUGAGAGCACACCAACGACUUUUACAAGUGGUAUACGCGUCCGCCAAUCCCUCACGACCUCCCCAAACCCGACUACGAGCCCUCAAGCGAGGAACUCAGUUUCUCUUCGGAUUUGGCCGUCCGCCGAACAGCGUGAGGUAGUAGGAAUGGGCGUACUGUUUCAGCUCGACCAACAGCUUCAGAGCGGGCGAGGGACCUUGACGACGCGCUGACAACCUCCCCGUCGCACGGAAAACCUCCCCGACAUGCUCUUACAUCCGACUUUGCGCCUUACGCCUCCGACUCCGCCCGACUUCACGCCCAAACGCGGCAAAAACAUUUUCUCUCCGGAUUUCGCGUUCCGCCGACCACCCCCAAGACGGCCUUCUUGCUUUCGACGUGCAGCUCCAAGCCCGACUUGAAGCCUUCGCACGAAGACCUCGGCGACUUUGGGCCUUUGGGCGACUGGUUCGAGCUUAGGACGACGAGCUCAGAACUUCGACAACGAGCUCAGGACUUCGACAACGAGCUCAGGGCUUCGACGGCGACUUUAAGCCCUCGAACGCCGAUUUCGAUUUCCCUUCGGACUUAGCCGUCCGCCGACGACGCUCAAGGUCCCGGCUCCGUGUGCGACGACACGCGCUCGUCCCCAAGCCUGACUCGAGG